GCCUUCAUCCCGGCGGCAGCGUUUCAGACACCGACGACCCUCGUCCAUACGGUGGAAUCUGUCAAACUAGAACACCAGUUUCUUCGCGUGCCUCUUGAGCACUUAAAGAAGACGAUAAGAGCCAACCAUCGUUUUGCGGAGAAGGAGGUGGCUGCCGUUCUUUCGGGGGUCGCUGAUGCUGUUGACCGCGAUGAUAUUUCGAGGGAGGAGGCUGUUAGCCAUCUCACAUCACUCGUUUCCAGGCUUCAAGGCCUCAAGCGUAAGCUGGAGGAUGGUUUUGCGUCUGAGGAUUUGCAGGCGCAGAGGUGCCGUGCAAGACUGGAGCACUUGGAGGGGAUUGAUGCGGAUAGUUUAGAUGAGUGGAGCAGUACUAGGUUGAAGCGUGUGCUUGUGGAUUAUAUGCUGCGCAUGUCGUACUAUGAGUCUGCUAAAAUGCUUGCGGAGAGUAGCAAUAUAGAGGAUCUUGUUGAUAUUGAUGUUUUCAUCGAGGCCAAGCGGGUGAUAAUUUCUCUCCAAAACAAGGAAGUAGGACCUGCAUUAAUGUGGUGCGCGGAGAACAAAUCUAGAUUGAAGAAAUUCAAGAGCAGGUUUGAAUUUCUGUUGAGGCAUCAGGAGUUUAUAGAACUUGUAAGGCUUGAUGAAAGCUUGAAAGCAAUUGCCUACGCACGGAAGUUUCUCGCACCCUGGGCGGCUACCCAUAUGAAAGAACUGCAACGGGCUAUGGCCACUUUGGCUUUCAGAAGUAAUACUGAAUGUGCAACUUACAGUGUUUUGUUUGAAGCAAAGCAAUGGAACAAUCUCGUUGAGCAAUUUAAGCAGGAAUUUUAUAAAUUGUUUGGCAUGACCGUUGAGCCAUUGCUGAACAUAUAUCUGCAGGCAGGCUUGUCUGCUCUAAAGACCCCAUUCUGCUACGAGGAAGGCUGCCCUAAGGAAGACCCGCUCUCGCAGGAUAGCUUCCGAAAACUUGCGGAACCGCUGCCAUUCUCAAAGCAACACCAUUCUAAACUUGUCUGCUACAUAACUAGAGAAGUCAUGGAUUCGGAGAACCCGCCCCUCGUACUGCCAAAUGGCUAUGUCUACAGCACAAAGGCGCUUGAAGAAAUGGCGAAGAAGAACAAUGGCAGCAUUACAUGCCCGAGGACCGGCUAUGUGUGCAGUUACACUGAGCUUGUGAAGGCUUACAUAUCUUAAAAGGGGUUGAUACUCGCUCAUCUUCCGUUCAGGAGGAUUGAUUGCUGUACAGAACAUGCGAUGUAAGAAUAGUUUAUGGCCCUCUGCCUCUUUGAUUUCUGUUGCAGCUUACGUAAAAUGUUGGGUUGAUUUAAUGUUUUAAUGAUAAAAUGCCACUGAAUUUAGCUGCC